CUGACUGUGUCUCUGGGUCUCCAGAGUCUACAGGGACCCAACCCCAAUGGGGUGUCUCGGACGGUAACAAAGAUCAUCGUAAAUCCUAACUUUGACUACAUGAUUGGUGACAACGACAUCUGCCUCCUGCAGCUCUCCUCACCGGUGACGUUCACAGAUUUCAUUGUUCCGAUCUGCCUGGCAGCUCCAGGCAGCACCUUCUUCAGCGGCGUUAGCUCCUGGGUGACCGGCUUUGGCGCCAUUGCAUCCGGAGUUUACCCUCCUCUCCCAGUAAACCUAAUGGAGGUGAAUGUGCCAAUCGUGGGGAACAGACAGUGUAACUGUGACUAUGGUGUGGGCCGAAUCACGAACAACAUGAUCUGUGCUGGGUUAAGUGCUGGAGGGAAGAACGGCUGUCAGGGGGAUUCAGGUGGUCCGCUGGUGAGCAAGCAGGGCAGCCGCUGGAUCCUGGGGGGAAUCGUAAGUUUUGCAAAUGGUUGUGCCAAACCUAAUUUCCCAGGAGUCUACACCAGAGUGUCCCAGUAUCAGUCCUGGAUCAACAGCCAGAUCACCAGCAGCCAGCCGGGCUUUGUCACCUUCACGUCCACUGGAACUGACAGUGACCUCAGGAUCAGCUGUGCUGGCCUCACACCGCCUCCAACCACCCUCCCUCCAACCACUACAACCACCCUCCCUCCAACCACUACAACCACCCUCCCUCCAACCACUACAACCACCCUCCCUACAACCACUACAACCACCCUCCCUACAACCACAGAGUCUCCCUCACAACUACAUGUGUGCGGUAAAACUCGGCUCAACGCCAGGAUUGUUGGAGGACAGAACGCCCCUCCGGGUAACUGGCCCUGGCAAGCCAGCCUGCAAACAUCUGGGAGCCACUUCUGUGGAGGAUCCCUCAUUAACAGUCAAUGGGUGGUGACUGCUGCUAACUGCUUCUUAAGCAUCCCAGCCAGGCUGACUGUGUCUCUGGGUCUCCAGAGUCUACAGGGACCCAACCCCAAUGGGGUGUCUCGGACAGUAACAAAGAUCAUCGUAAAUCCUAACUUUGACUACAUGGUUGGUGACAAUGACAUCUGCCUCCUGCAGCUCUCCUCACCGGUGACCUUCACAAAUUUCAUUGUUCCGAUCUGCCUGGCAGCUCCAGGCAGCACCUUCUUCAGCGGCGUUAGCUCCUGGGUGACCGGCUUUGGCGCCAUUGCAUCCGGAGUUUACCCUCCUCUCCCAGUAAACCUAAUGGAGGUGAAUGUGCCAAUCGUGGGGAACAGACAGUGUAACUGUGACUAUGGUGUGGGCCGAAUCACGAACAACAUGAUCUGUGCCGGGUUAAGUGCUGGAGGGAAGGGCCCCUGUCAGGGGGAUUCAGGUGGUCCGCUGGUGAGCAAGCAGGGCAGCCGCUGGAUCCUGGGGGGAAUCGUAAGUUUUGGAAAGGGUUGUGCCGAGCCUAAUACCCCAGGAGUCUACACCAGAGUGUCCCAAUACCAGUCCUGGAUCAACAGCCAGAUCACCAGCAGCCAGCCGGGCUUUGUCACCUUCACGUCCACAGGAACUGACAGUGACCUCAGCAUCAGCUGUGCUGGCCUGCCACCGCGUCCAACCACCCUCCCUCCCUAAAACCACUACAACCAAACAACAACACAAAUGUUCUGAGUUUCUGAAAGGCAUUCCAGCAUUUCUUGGAUUUGAAGCUACAUGGACCAUACGCACAUCUGUUUUUAUUAUUAUUAAAGCCCAUGUUGCAAGUUAACCACCACUGUUGAUUAAUAGGUACAUAUAGCACUCAAUAUAUGUAUAUCAUUGUUAAAAAUGUCUCCAAAUAGUGUUAAAGGCCAGUUUUUGUCAGGUUUUUGUCAUUUUUGGUAUUAGUGGGUUUUUUUCGCAAUUCGGUGAUGACGUCACAUUGUGGAGACGUGUAUCAGCCUAGUACUAGAACUAUGGGGACUGACUGGGAUGAGGAAGAGGAUUUUUUACUGUCCGUGAA